AUGAAUAUAGUCGUUGAUGCUCUGAGCAGAAAAUCCUUGUUUGCUUUGAGAAUUAUGAAUACGAGUUUAGCUUUGUCUGAUGAUGGUUCGAUUUUGGUCGAGUUGAGGGCUAGACCAUUAUUCCUUCAGCAAAUUUGUGAAGCUCAAAAGAAUAACAGUGAAUUGCAAGCCAAGAGAGCUCAAUGUGAAUUAGGUGACGAUUUAGAUUUUCGGAUUAGAUCAGAUGAUUGUCUGAUGUUCCGAGAUAGGAUAUGUGUACCGAGAGAUGAUGAGUUGAUUCAGAAAAUUUUACAUGAGGCACACAGUGGUGGUUUAUCAGUUCACCCAGGUAGUACGAAAAUGUAUAAUGAUUUGAAGACAUUGUAUUGGUGGCCGAGUAUGAAAAAGGAUAGUUCUGAAUUUGUAUCAAGAUGUUUGAUUUGCCAACAAGUGAAAGCUGAACAUCAGGUGCCUUCAGGUCUACUUCAGCCAGUGAUGGUCCCCGAGUGGAAGUGGGACAGAAUUACGCUGGAUUUUGUAACAGCUUGGGAGAAUAAUCGUAUUAAAACUUUUGAACCGAUUGCAGAAGCAAAUGAAAAAGCUCUUACGGGAAGUAUUGUUAGUGAGUUGGAUAUGAUGAUUGUAGUACUGCUUGAACAAAAGGAGAACGAUUCAAUAAAGGAUCUGGUGGAGUGUGAUAUGGAGCAUUUCCUAGAACGAGGGAGCGUGGAGUAA